UGAAAAUGGAGAGUUCUCAUGCUUACAGACUUAGCAGUCUCCGGUCCAGUAAUUCCAACAUAUGGAGCAACACUGCAAUCGAAAUCUUUUCAAAGUCUACUCGCGAAGAAGACGACGAAGAAGCAUUAAAAUGGGCUUCUAUAGAGAGGCUUCCCACUUAUCUUCGCAUAAGAAGAGGUAUCCUUACUCAAGAAGAAGGCCAGACAAGUGAGAUUGAUGUCAAACAUCUAAAACCAGCUGAGAGGAAAUACAUUCUGAAUCGAGUAAUGAACGAAGAGGAUGAUAACGAGGAGUUCCUAUUGAAGCUCAAGGAACGCAUUGCAAGAGUUGGCAUUGAGUUUCCCACAAUUGAAGUCCGAUUUGAGCAUUUGAAUGUUGAAGCACAGGCUUAUGUUGGCAGUAGGGCAUUGCCAACAAUAUUCAACUUCACCUUCAACAUACUAGAGGGUUUCUUGAGCUCUCUUCAUAUUCUUCCAAAUAAGAAAAGACCAUUUCCAAUUCUUCAUGAUGUCAGCGGAAAUCUCAAGCCUGGAAGACUAACGCUACUUUUAGGACCACCAAGUUCCGGUAAAACCACCAUGCUGUUAGCAUUGGCUGGAAGACUUCCUUCUGAUCUUAAAGUUUCUGGGAAUGUUACAUACAAUGGCCAUGAGAUGAAAGAAUUUGUACCCGAAAGGGCAUCAGCUUAUAUUAGUCAACAUGAUCUUCAUUUGGGUGAACUUACAGUGAGAGAAACACUAGCUUUUUCAGCAAGAUGUCAAGGCGUUGGAUCUCGUCAUGAUAUGCUGGUGGAAAUAUCAAGGAGAGAGAAGGAAGCAAACAUUAAGCCAGACUCUGAUCUUGAUACUUUUUUGAAGGCCCUGGUGCUUGAAGGACAGGAGACAAGUGUUGUAACAGAUUACAUAAUCAAGAUUUUAGGACUGGAGUUCUGUGCUGAUACCAUGGUUGGGGAUGAAAUGAUACGUGGGAUUUCUGGAGGACAGAAAAAGCGGGUAACAACAGGGGAGAUGAUGGUUGGGCCAGCAAGAGUAUUUCUUAUGGAUGAGAUAUCAACUGGUCUGGACAGUUCGACAACCUUUCAGAUUGUUAAUUCAAUUAAGCACUCAAUCCAUAUCCUUCAUGGAACUGCUGUUAUAUCACUAUUGCAACCGGCACCAGAAACUUUUGAUCUAUUCGAUGACAUAAUUCUUCUUGCUGAUGGUCAUAUUGUGUAUCAAGGUCCACGAGAAUAUGUGUUGGAAUUCUUUGAAUCCAUGGGUUUCAAAUGUCCCGAAAGAAAAGGAGUUGCUGACUUCUUACAAGAAGUGACAUCAAAUAAAGAUCAAGAGCAGUACUGGGCACAUAGAGAUGAACCUUAUACUUAUGUUUCUGUCAAGAAUUUUUCUGAAGCAUUUCAAUCAUUUCAUGUUGGAAGGAAUCUAGGAACUGAGCUUGCUGUUCCUUUUGACAAAUCCAAGAGUCAUCCUGCUGCAUUAACCACAGAGAAGUUUGGCGUUAGCAAAAAGGAACUUCUGAAAGCUUGCAUAUCGAGAGAAUUUCUUCUUAUGAAAAGGAACUCAUUUGUCUAUGCAUUUCAAUUGCUAAAAAUAUUCUUGAUGGCUCUGAUAACAAUGACAGUGUUUCUGCGAACUAAGAUGCACAAGGAAACUACAAAUGAUGGUCAGAUUUUCAUGGGGGCUCUGUUUUUUACAACAGUCAUGAUCAUGUUCAAUGGAUUCGCAGAGCUUGCUUUUACGAUUUUGAAGCUUCCUGUCUUUUACAAACAACGCGACCUUCUUCUCUUCCCUGCAUGGGCAUAUGCGCUGCCUACAUGGAUACUGAAGAUCCCAUUCACGCUGUUAGAGAGUGGAGUUUGGGUUGCUAUGACAUACUAUGUAACUGGAUAUGAUUCAAAUGUUGGAAGGUUUUUCAGACAGUACCUUGUGCUCAUAUUUAUUGGCCAGAUGGCGUCAGGGCUAUUUCGCCUUAUGGCGUCAUUGGGAAGGAAUAUGGUCAUUGCAAACACAUUUGGAUCAUUUGUAUUGGUCGCAUUUCUAGCAUUGGGGGGAUAUGUUUUGUCUCAUGAUAAAAUUAAAAAAUGGUGGAUUUGGGGAUACUGGAUUUCCCCUAUGACGUAUGCAGAGAAUGCUAUUUCUGUUAACGAGUUCCUGGGGAAUAGUUGGAGACAUUUGUCUGCUGGAUCAGGAAAACCCUUAGGAGUUUCAGUUUUGAAGGCUCGAGGCAUUUUUGUGGAGGGCCGCUGGUACUGGAUUGGAGCUGCUGCUCUGUUUGGAUAUAUACUUCUGUUCAAUAUCUUGUAUACUUUGGCUUUAACUUUCCUGGAACGUAAGUUUCAAAAUGAUUCAUCUUUUGGAUUGUUCUCAAAUGCACUUGAGAAGGCCCAGGCAGUUUUAUCUGAAGAAACUUUGGCAGAGAGGAGCUCGAUCAAGACAGGUGAGAUUGUUGACUUAUCAAGUGGGAAGCGCUUAUCCGGUGAAGAUGAUGCCCGGAGAAAUGUAUCAUCGCGAUCUAUGUCAUCUAGAGUGGCCAGCAUUAGUGAAGAUGAGCCAGAACGAAAACCAGGGAUGGUCCUACCAUUUGAGCCUUUUGCAAUCACUUUUGACGACAUAAGAUAUGCGGUAGACAUGCCACAGGAAAUGAAAGCGCAAGGACUUACUGAGGACAGACUUGAACUUUUAAAAGGUGUGAGUGGCUCUUUUAGGCCAGGGGUCUUGACAGCUCUGAUGGGCGUUAGCGGGGCUGGUAAGACAACUCUGAUGGAUGUCUUGGCUGGUAGAAAAACAGGUGGUUAUAUUGAAGGAACAAUCACCAUAUCAGGGUACCCAAAGAAGCAAGACACUUUUGCCCGUAUAGCAGGAUACUGUGAACAAAAUGAUAUUCAUUCACCUCAUGUAACCGUAUACGAGUCUUUGCAGUAUUCUGCUUGGCUUCGGCUGCCCGCUGAAGCGGAUGCUGCAACCAGAAAGAUGUUCGUUGAAGAAGUUAUGGAACUUGUCGAGCUUACCUCAUUGAAAGAGGCACUUGUUGGAUUGCCUGGAGUGAAUGGACUUUCAACUGAGCAGCGCAAGAGGCUGACAAUUGCAGUUGAGCUUGUAGCUAAUCCCUCAAUUAUAUUCAUGGAUGAACCGACCUCUGGACUUGAUGCCAGGGCUGCUGCCAUAGUUAUGAGAACAGUGAGAAACACAGUGGAUACAGGUCGAACAGUAGUCUGCACCAUCCAUCAACCAAGCAUUGAUAUAUUUGAUGCUUUUGAUGAGCUGGUUCUUUUAAAACGUGGAGGCGAAGAGAUAUUUGUUGGUCCCUUGGGCCGCCAUUGUGUAGAUCUCAUACGGUACUUUGAGGCCGUUGAUGGAAUAGACAAAAUUAGAGAUGGUUACAAUCCUGCAACUUGGAUGCUGGAAGUGUCUUCAAUUGCACAAGAAACAGCUCUUGGAGUUAAUUUCCCACAAAUAUAUAAAGGCUCAGAACUUUAUAGGAGAAACAAAGCACUAAUCAAAGAACUAAGCACACCUGCUCCAGGCUCCAAAGAGUUGUACUUUCGCACUCGUUACUCUCAGCCAUUCUUCAUCCAGUUCAUGGCUUGCUUAUGGAAACAGCACUUGUCCUAUUGGCGAAACCCACAUUAUACUGCAGUAAGACUGUUGUUUACAACAAUUAUAGCUUUGAUGUUUGGAACAAUAUACUGGAAGCUCGGCUCCAAAAGGGAAAGGCUCCAGGAUCUACUUAACGCCAUGGGUUCUAUGUAUUCUGCUGUUUUAUUUAUGGGUAUACAAAAUGCAACGUCAGUUCAGCCUGUUGUUGCCAUAGAGAGGACAGUAUUCUACAGGGAAAGAGCAGCCGGAAUGUAUGCAGCUUUAGCAUAUGCUUUUGGACAGGUUGUUGUCGAGCUUCCUUACCUUCUGGUUCAGACAGUCAUCUAUGGAGUCCUAGUAUAUGCAAUGAUCGGAUUCGAAUGGACUGCUGCCAAGUUCUUUUGGUACUUAUUCUUCAUGUAUUUUACCUUGUGGUACUUCACAGCUUAUGGGAUGAUGACAGUGGCAGUUACACCAAACCAAAACAUUGCUGCCAUAGUUUCAUCCUCAUUUUACUCAAUAUGGAACCUUUUUUCAGGAUUCAUUGUUCCAAAGCCGAGAAUUCCAGUUUGGUGGAGGUGGUAUUAUUACAUCUCCCCUGUUGCUUGGACAUUGUAUGGUUUAGUUGCUUCACAGUUUGGAGACAUAAAGGAAGAGAUGAUUGACACAAAUCAAACAGUCAAAGACUUCAUAAGAAGUUAUUUUGGAUUUAAGCAUGAUUUCCUGGGAUUUGCGGCCCUCAUAAUAGUUGCAUUUGCAACCAGUUUCACCUUCAUCUUUGCCUUGUCAAUCAAGAUGUUUAACUUCCAGAAAAGAUAA